AUGGUUACAGGUCGUCAAGCCGAUCCUGCUGGCUUGGAGUCCCACCGAAGCACACCUGCUGCUUCGGAUCCGCACCAAACCAAGCGUGCUGCUUCCGAAAGGUCCUUCAGGCUGGGUGACUCCUGGUCCCUGCGGGGCCUGGAAGGGGGGUUCAGUCGGGAUGGGAAUGGUGAAUUGGGCAAGGAGAAUGACGGAGGGCGUGAAAAACAGGUGGAGAAGAAGGGUGAGAAAGGGAGGGUAAAGAGCAUGGGCUUUAAAGGGGAUAGGAAUGUGCAGGAGGACAAGGAAGGUGACGACGAGUGGGACAAAGAGGAGGGGGAUGAGAAGGAGGAAAGCAGGAGUUUAAAUGAGGGUGAAGAGGAGACGAAUGGGGAGAGCAAACAGUUCCACGUCUCUGAUGACUUAGAGCUCGUUCUGAGCCACGGGCAAGCCCGGGUGAGAAGGAGAUUAGCAGAACGACGCCAGACCCGCGCCAGGCUUGCAGACUGCGUGCCGUGCACGAGUGAUAACGAUGGAGAAGACUCGAAGCUCCAGGGAUUUCAGUCAGGACAGGGCGGUGAGAGGGACGAGAAUGCAGGAGGAGGAGAUUCUGGGAGUGAGUUGGAGGGGUCGAGGAAGCUUCUGCAGGAAUCUGCGCCAUGCUGUGACCCGCUGGUGCUGAAGCUUAGGGUGCAGACAGCGGAUCUGGAGAGGCGUAUGGGGCAGAUUGCAGAGAAACAGGUGAGUUUUGAUGAACAGGUGAGGUUUGAUGAACAGGCGGAGAGCAAGAGGGUGAGCCGAGAGAAGUACGUGCUGAACAAGAAGCUGAGCAGAGCUGAUGCCAAUUGGGAAGCAUUGUUUCUAUCGAACCAGUCGAUGCACGAGGCACAGAUGACAGUGCAGCGGUGCAACGGGCAUGGCAUUGUGGCACAGCAGGGGACACUGGUGUGGAAGGGCUACACGUGUGAUGCAUCAGACGAGGCUCUAAGGCAAUACACAUCGUAUGAUGCCAGUGGGGCGUGGCCUGACGACUGGUUCCCCACCCAGUCGCUCAUCUUCCACCACCGCUGCUUCCAGGGCUACACGUGUGAUGCAGCAGACGAGGCUCUCACGCAAUACACGACAUACGAUGCCAGUGGGGCGUGUCCUGACGACUGGUUCCCCACCCAGUCGCUCAUCUUCCACCACCGCUGCUUCCAGGGCUACACGUGUGAUGCAGCAGACGAGGCUCUCAGGCAAUACACGACAUACGACGCCAGUGGGGCGUGUCCUGAUGACUGGUUCCCCACCCAGGCCCUCAUCUUCCACCACCACUGCCAGCUGAUUCCACCACCCCUUCCCCUCUUCUGCUCCCCUCCUCCCCAGGGCUACACGUGUGAUGCAUCAGACGAGGCUCUCAGGCAAUACACAACAUACGACGCCAGUGGGGCGUGUCCUGAUGACUGGUUCCCCACCCAGGCCCUCAUCUUCCACCACCACUGCCAGCUGAUUCCACCACCCCUUCCCCUCUUCUGCUCCCCUCCUCCCCAGGGCUACACGUGUGAUGCAGCAGACGAGGCUCUCAGGCAAUACACGACAUACGACGCCAGUGGGGCGUGCCCUGACGACUGGUUUGCCACACAGUCGCUCAUCUUCCACCAUCGCUGCUUCUCCCUGCCGCAACGCCGCUGCCGCGCCCGCACCACCAACCAAACCAUCAAUCCACUGCCCUUCCCCCAGGCGCUAUUCAAUCUGAGCGCCCUAAUAGACACAGCCCUGGUGUGGGACCACCACGCCUGCUCCUCCUUCGCCUGCCUCAACGCCCGUGUGGUCGGGGACUGCCGCCUCUGCUUCAACCUCACUCUCGAGAGGAAUCGCUGGCGCGUGCGAUACCGGGGAUCGUUGACUAUAGAGGAUGUGCUUAAAAUGAAGCAGGGAAGCAUCAGGCUCGGUUUGGACAUUGGAGGUGGCACAGGAAGCUUUGCGGCGCACAUGGGCCUCUACAAUGUGACCAUCCUCACCACGUGCCGCCCCUUCCUUGCACUCUUCACCCCACCUCCAUCCAUUCUGCUCGGUUUGGACAUUGGAGGUGGCACAGGAAGCUUUGCGGCGCACAUGGCCCUCUACAAUGUGACCAUCCUCACCACGGCCAUGAACGUGGAGACCGUGGUGGGGCGCAAGCAGGGGCUUCCAUACAUGGAGGCCAUAGCUUUAAGGGGACUCAUUCCCCUGCACCUGCCACACAAGAGCCUUGCGACCAUCCUCACCACGGCGAUGAACGUGGAGACAGUGGUGGGGCGCAAGCAGGGGUGGCCUGCCAUACAUGGUGAUCGAGGCGAUAGCUUUAAGAGGGUUGAUCCCCCUGCACCUUCCACACAAGCGUCAUCACUGCCCAUCCUCAUGACCAUCCUCCCCACGGCCAUGAACGUGGAGACUGUGGUGGGGCGCAAGCAUGGGCUGCCAUGCAUGGAGGCGAUUGCCUUGAGAGGGCUCAUCGAUCUCCAUUUGCUACACAAGGUAGAUGUGCUGUUGUCUCCUUCCCUCUCCUCUCCUCAUUUCCCCUCUCUCCCUGUCCUCCCAUCAGCUUUUGAGUCGACUCAAAAGCAGAUGUGCUGUUCUUUUGUCUUCCCUUUCGACUCAAAAGCCCUCUCUCCCUGUCCUCCCAUCAGGCCCGCCUACCCUUCUUUGACGGCUCAUCAGGCAUCAUUCACAGCGUCAACAGCGUCAAGUGGCCCUCUUUCCUUCCUCCUUCCUCCCUGCUCUCUGUGUCUCUUAUCAGGCUCGUCUACCCUUCUUCAACGGCGAGUUGGACAUCAUUCACAGCGUCAACAGCGUCAAGUACCAUCUCCCUCUCUCCAUGAUCCAUCCCCCCUCCUACCAUUCCCUCUCUCGCUCGUUCCCCCUCAUCAGGCCCGCCUGCCCUUCUUUGACGGCGCAUUGGACAUCAUUCACAGCGUCAACAGUGUCAAGUACCUGCCCAUGCUGGAGUUUGAAGAGAUGCUCUUUGACAUCAACAGCGUCAAGUACCUGCCCGUGGUGGAGUUUGAAGAGAUGCUCUUCGAGUGGGACCGUGUGUUACGAGUUGGUGAGUCUUUACAUCGUGUCAACAGCGUCAAGUACCUGCCCAUGCUGGAGUUUGAAGAGCUUCUCUUCGUGUGGGACCGCGUGCUAAGAGUCCGUGGUGUGAUCUGGCUGGAGAUGUUUUACGCCCCUCUGGACGAGUUUCCGGUCUAUGUGGCUAUCCUCAAUCUCCUCGGCUAUAACCACCUGCACUGGCGUGUGCUGCCCUCCCCUUCCCUCCCCUGCCCUCCCCCACCUUCAGGUGGUGUGAUCUGGCUGGAGAUGUUUUACGCCCCUCUGGACGAGUUUCCGGUCUAUGUCGCCAUCCUCAACCUCCUCAGCUACAACCGCCUGCACUGGCGUGUGCUGCCCAAACCAGACCCGGGGGAACGCAAAGGGCCUCAUGUGUACCUGAACUGCCUGCUGGAGAAGCCGGUUAGACGAGAAGAGGGGUGGGUGGAGGCUGGGAGGGAUGAAGGGCGAGGAGAGGAGGAGGGGGGGAGAGAAGUUGGGGGGAGGGAAGGGGGGACGAGUGAGGAGACGGGAGGGAAGGAGGAGGGAAUGGAGAGAGAAGUGGGGGGAAGGGAGGAAGGAGGAAGAAGAGAGGAGGGGAGAAGAGAGGGUUCGAGUAAUCAUCGUUCAGAGGGAGACGUUGAGAAAGGAAGGAGGAUUGAAGGGGAAGGCAUAGGAGAAGGAAGCAGGCAAUGGGGGGCUGAGGAGGACAGAAAAAGGGAUGAGAGGAAUGGGAAGAUGGAGAGGAAGGAGGAGGAGAGGAAAGAAGAGGCGGUGAAGGAAGAUUCAAAUAGAACUGAAGAGCGUGGAAGAGAGGAAGAGAGGAGAGAGGAGAGAAGAGAAAGGAGAAGAGAAUAUGGGAGUGAAGAGUGGAAUGAAGAGGUGGUUGAAGAGGCGGGGACGAGCAUAGAGAAAUUUGCAAGAGAGUGGUACAGGGAGGAAGAGGGAAGCAGAGAAACAGAGGGAAGCAGGGAAAAUGGCGGAAGCAGGGAGCAAGGGGCAGCCAGGGAGGAGGAGAUUCAAACUGCCAAAGAAAAGGAGGAACGGCCGUCGUGGUGUGAGGAGGAUUAUACGGAUGGAGGGAGAGGAAGGCGUGGUGCCGGUGGUUCGGAAGAUGACUCUGGCUGGGGGAAGGAGCUCUUCGGAGUUCAUCGAACACCCAAGGAUGGAGCAUCCAAGGUCAUCGUGGUUUUUGAGAAGUCUCAAAAGAGGAAGAGUGCAAGGGAUGGAGGGAGAGGAAGGCGUGGUGGCGGUGGUUCGGAAGAUGACUCUGGCUUUGGGAAGAAGCCCUUCAGAGUUCAUCGAACAUCCAAGGAUGGAGCAUCCAAGGUCAUCGUGGUUUUUGAGAAGUCUCAAAAGAGGAAGAGUGCAAGGGAUGGAGGGAGAGGAAGGCGUGGUGGCGGUGGUUCGGAAGAUGACUCUGGCUUUGGGAAGAAGCCCUUCAGAGUUCAUGGAACAUCCAAGGAUGGAGCAUCCAAGGUCAUCGUGGUUUUUGAGAAGUCUCAAAAGAGGAAGAGUGCAAGGGAUGGAGGGAGAGGAAGGCGUGGUGGCGGUGGUUCGGAAGAUGACUCUGGCUUUGGGAAGAAGCCCUUCAGAGUUCAUCGAACAUCCAAGGAUGGAGCAUCCAAGGUCAUCGUGGUUUUUGAGAAGUCUCAAAAGAGGAAGAGUGCAAGGGAUAGAGGGAGAGGAAGGAGUGGUGGCGGUGGUUCGGAAGAUGACUCUGGCUGGGGGAAGGAGCUCUUCGGAGUUCGUUGA